UUUUCCCCUUCCGGCCCCCUGAGAGGUGGGGCUAAGGUGGCAGCAUGAGGCUGUCGCUCGCAGCCGCUAUCUCCCAUGGCCGCGUCUACCGCCGCUUGGGCCUCGGCCCCGAGUCUCGCAUCCACCUGUUGCGGAACUUGCUCACGGGCCUGGUGCGCCACGAACGCAUCGAGGCGUCAUGGGCACGCGUGGACGAGAUGAGAGGCUACGCGGAGAAGCUCAUCGACUAUGCGAAGCUGGGAGACACCAACGAGCGAGCCAUGCGCAUGGCUGAUUUCUGGCUCACUGAGAAGGACUUGAUCCCAAAGCUGUUUAAAGUACUAGCGCCUAGGUUCCAAGGUCAGAAUGGGAGCUACACCAGAAUGCUGCAGAUCCCAAAUCGGAAGGAGCAAGAUCGGGCCAAGAUGGCAGUGAUUGAAUAUAAAGGGAACUGCCUCCCACCCCUGCCUUUGCGAAAGAGAGACAGCAACCUUACUCUCCUAAACCAGCUGCUACUGGGACUGCAGCAGGACCUGCGCCAUAACCGGGAAGCAAGCCUCCACAGCUCCCACACAGUUCAAACACCAGAGACUUAACCGGGACUGGAGAGUGCGCAGCUCUCAUAAAUGUGUUCACAGACCGUGGAGCUCUUGUGGUGUGUGAGAAACGGAAGUAGCUUUGUCAAGUAGAACGGUGGUAUGGGCCCCUGACCUUGCUGGUCAUCGUCCUCUCUGCACAGUAGAUAAAUUUUUGAUGUGAAAAUAUGAGAUUGAUUUUCUUGUCCUAGGAUUUCUGGAAAGUGAGAGGCAUCCAGAUGCUCAGCCACCUAAGAUAGUAAAUUUACAGCUUGUGUUUCUGAAUCUUGGGUCCAGUUUUGCUUUGCCUUUUGGUGGGGAAGGAGAGUCUUGAUGUCCAGGCUGCAUCCAGCAUACAGCAGUCCUGUCCCUGCCUCCCCAGUGCUGGGCCUUCGAGUGCCACCACCACACAGGGCCAUUUGCUUAUCUUUUUAUUCUUCUGAGACAGGGUUUGCUCUGUGUGGACCUGGCUAUCCUGAAACUCAUUCUGUAGAUCAGAUUGGCCUGCCUCUGUGUUGUAAUUGCUGGGAUUAAAGGCAUGUGCCACCAGUGCCUGACUUGGUUUGCUUAUCUUAACACUUAUUUCAAUGGGCCCUGUAUCACUUGAUUCCAAACUAGCUCCUGUGAUGACUAUGGUUGAUACCCAGUUUAGAGACCCACCCCUUGGGAUUUCUCUUUUUUGUUUGGGGUAUGAGUAUCUGCAUGCAUGCUUCCAUUCCAGAAGAGGGCAUCAGAUAUCAGACCCCAUUAGAGUUGGUUGUGAGCAACCAGGUGGUUUCUGGGAAUUGAACUCAGUACCUCUGGAAGAGCAACCAAUGCCCUUAACCACUGAACCAUCUCUCCAGCCUAGCGCCUUUUGUUUGGUUUUUAUGCUCUAAGUUAUGGUGUAUUUUGGUCUUACCACACACACACACACACACCGUCAUUCUGUCUUGUUCCUCUUCACCUAGUCCCCCUUCCACUUUCAUGUGUGUGUGUUCCAGUGAGUUUCAUUAGGCCUGCUUACAGGAGCGUGGGUAUCUUACCAAUGGCUAUUCUGCUGAAGGAAAGUUCCCUCCCUUAGUAGCCUAUAGAUGUACAGGAAGGGGGAAGCCGCCUGAGUCUCUUCCCCCUCAUUGACAGUAUUUUGACAGCCUACUGUGAGAGAUUGCUUCCUGAUAAGUAGCAGUGAGACCUCUGUAAGGGAAGCUUUAAAUAACCUGGUACCCCUAAAACGGAAGGGGGAUACCCCAAGCAUUGUUUUUUGUCGAGGUCACACGUUCCAUUGAUGUGUUUCCCUCAACCUCUGAAUGGGUCUUGAAUGUAGACUGAAAUAGAUGUACCGCCACCCUGCACAUAGAUAGGGGUGUAGGCAGCUGACAGGAUGUUGACCUUCAGAGGAUAAGUUCCUUCCUCUUGGUAGAGGGUGUGAAGAGGAAGGUGAUGGAGAGUGAAGCAUUAGAAAGUUUAAGCCUGCUGGGGAUUUCCUGGAAGCUUUUGUUGUCAGAAGUGAACCUCUGUGGGAACCCAGAAAGAGGAAAUCCGGUUUCAGAAUAGCUGGGUCAUGGGAGAAACAGAACUUGUUUAUAUCCACUGAGUACUAUGGAUAUAAUCCAUCCUGGCUGCCAUUCUGUAGACGCAGAACUUGACUGGGGAGUCUCGGGAAGAUCCUGAAGGUCUCCUGACCUGAGCACUUGGUCAGCGCCUGAGGUAGAAAGAAGGUGGAGGGUCACUGCUGACGCAGAAGGACGCAGCUCAGUGAGGAGCUGUUCUGGCGCUGUUUCCCUUGCAGCUGGCUGGGGCCAGAUUUAUUGCAAAUAUUCUCAAGCCUGCAUACUCUAGUGUGUAAGGUGAUGCUGGGGACUGGAAGACACUUAGUAAGUAUGUGUGAAGGGGACAGAGAUGGCUCAGCAGGUAAAGGCAGUUGCCAUUAAGUGAUGUUCUGACUUUGAUACUUAGGAACCGCAGGCUGGAAUAACUCACUUGGGAAAGCUGUUGUCUGGUCUCCAUCUGCAGUGUGAUAAUGCAUUUCCCCUCCCCAAUAAAGUAUAAAAAGUUUUGUUUUUUUUUUUUUUUUAAGUGGGUGAGGCACAUUACCUUAAAGAACUGGAACUCAACAUAGAGACUCUUUCAAAUUUUUGGGGGGGCCAGAUUAUUAAGGAUUCAGUGUCCCAUACCAUUAUGAGCUCCUUGAUGGUAGAUACUUCAUAUUUGGCUGGGGCCAGAUUUAUUGCAAACAUUCUCAAGCCUGCAUACUCUAGUGUGUAAGGUGAUGCUGGGGACUGGAAGACACUUAGUAAGUAUGUGUGAAGGGGACAGAGAUGGCUCAGCAGGUAAAGGCAGUUGCCAUUAAGUGAUGUUCUGACUUUGAUACUUAGGAACCGCAGGCUGGAAUAACUCACUUGGGAAAGCUGUUGUCUGGUCUCCAUCUGCAGUGUGAUAAUGCAUUUCCCCUCCCCAAUAAAGUAUAAAAAGUUUAGGGAAA